UCCCACCCCUGCAGGGGAAAUGCCUGCCUUGGAACCCCUGACCACACACCAUCAUGGGUUCAGCCCACUCAGAACAACCUGGCAGUAGCAUCCUAUAGCAGCUUCGUGUGGCCCAGCAGGGUGGUGUCAUCCCAGCCGUGAACAUCCCAGGCCACAGCCUAAGGUUGGGGGCUGGGAGGCUCCGCAGGAGGCUGGUGACCUCCCACCUGUCCUGGCCACAAUUACCAGACCCCAGACUAGCCCGACCGGAUGUGCCUGGUGAGGACACUGCUGUCUGAGUGGGCGGCAAGCCUGGCUUGGGCCUAGACGCAGCGCAAAGGAUGGCUCCCAAGAGGAUGCGAAGGCCAGUCCCGGGGGCCUGGGCUGCAGGCUGGAGGGGCAGGGCCGGUCUGGCUAUGCCUGGCGGGCUGCCCAGAGCAGGUAUCCCCUCUCCCACAGACGUCCCCGGGGUGUACCAGGAGGGUGGCAAGACUACCUCCUUCCUCCCCGCCCUGCAUGGCAGCCCUGUGAAUUCACCCACUCAACAAAGCUCAUGGAGUUCCCACUGUGUGUCGGGUGCGGUUCUGGGAGGGUCUCGUGCAGGCACGAAGCCAUACAGGCAUUGAAGAGGACGCCUCGGCGGGGCCUGCCUGAGGCCAACAGAGGGCUGGGGCCUGCUUGAGGUCUCACAGCCCAGUUGGUCUCAUCCUUCGCUGAACCUUUCUUGGCUCCGAGCAGCCACCACACAGACUCUUUUGAGGGGCCGGGGCUGGGGCUGGGGCCAGAGACUGUGGACAGCAGUUACCACCAAGUCAGUGCUGCAACACCCCCACCCCCACUGGAACGAGCUGUCACUCAGGAGCCCCAGGGAAGGACUGCUGCCCCCCACCCCCAGAGCAAGGGCGCAGGAGGGAGACGGAAGAGAAUUUGCUGAGCGGACACUCAGAAGCUUCUACCUUCUCCAGGGCAAAGUCCCCAUGCACACAGCGGGGGCUGGGCAGCAAGCAAAGCAGGGCACCAGCAGCCCCUGGGCAGGGUGAGCCUCUGGGGGAGCUGCCCCGCACCCCAGGGCAGGAAGAGGCCCAGUCCUCCUAGGGGACACCCCACAGGCAGUGGGGCCAGCUGGGACUCCGCUGGGGAGAGCUGUGCGCUGGGCCAGGCAGCGGGUGGGGAAGGUGGCCUGGGGAGCUCUGUCCUCCCCUCUGCAGAUGGAGGCUGCCGGCCGCCGUCGCUGGCUAUACCAGGGCCAAGCCCGCUAGCAGCCUGCUGGGCCCAACCCUGCCCUGAACCCGGAUCUGAACCCUCUGACCUCGGGCUGGGUGCCCUCCCCGGCUACAUGAAAAAGCCCGUCCUCCCCCACCACCUGGUGCAAAGGGCUUCCCUCCCCUGCUCUGCCGAGGGCAGGGAUGACCCUGAGAAGGUCUGGGGAGCCCUGAGGUGCAUGGAAGUGGGGGACUGGCGUCUCUCGAUUCCCGGGCAGCCCCAGCCAUACUCUAGCAUCCUGCCUGGCUGGGUGGAGUGUGUCUCUUGGGUCACACGGAUGCCUGCUGAGGAUGCCCAGUACCGAGGGCCGGUGCCCCGCCCCGCAGUGCCCUCGGCCUGAUUCAGAGCCCACCCCUGGGAGGAGCCCCAACUCCAGGAGGGUUGGGCUGGGGCUUGGAGGUCCUAGCCACAGAGUGACAGGAUGGGGACGAGGCCUAGGGGCCUUGGGGCCAGGAGGGUACCCCCGUGAGGGCCUGGGCUCCUGGGUAAACAUUAAUGGGCUCAGUACCCAGCAGGUCAUGUGCGCGAUCAGGGGAUCUUUGACCUGCAACUGCUCCCGCCCCAUGUCUCCUCCCUGCAGGUGCCCCCUCACCACCCACACAGGUAGGAGCUCCUAGGACCAGGCUGAGGCCCAGGGACAGUGAGGCCGAGGCUGGGUGGCCUCCAGGCCAAGGGCUUGGGCCCCAUCCUGAGUCUCCAGGACCCAAGGGCAAGAGACGCCAGGCUUGGGCAGCAGGAGGGAGGCCUUCCAGUCAGGACCAGCAAGGGAGCCGGGGAGCUGGAGCCCCUUCGAGUCUACCCGAAACUGGACUGGGCUCGCCUGGCAACUGCCUGAGAUCCAGACCUGGGCCCGGGUCUGUCCCUGCCCGAAAUCCAUGCCGAGUUCCCUUCCUGGCAGCCAGGUCCCCCACCCCACUCUGGACGCGGUUGACCUAGUGGAAAGGACUCCGAGGAAUGAAGGGACCUCCAGUUCUGCUCCAGUCUUGGAGGAAGGGAACACAGACCCCUGGACCCUCCCUCAGCUGAAGGACACAAGCCAGCCCUGGAAAGGCUGCGCCGCGUGGCCGGCAGCGUCCUCAAGGCCUGCGGGCUCCUCGGCAGCCUGUACUUCUUCAUCUGCUCUCUGGACGUCCUCAGCUCCGCCUUCCAGCUGCUGGGCAGCAAAUUGGCCGGAGACAUCUUCAAGGACAACGUGGUGCUGUCCAACCCUGUGGCUGGACUGGUCAUUGGCGUGCUGGUCACAGCCCUGGUGCAGAGUUCCAGCACGUCCUCCUCCAUCGUGGUCAGCAUGGUGGCUGCUAAGCGUGCGUGCACACUCCCUCCCCGGGUGGUGGCGGGGGCAGGGUGGGCCGCAGGCUGACUCAGCCCCCCCAUCGGCAGUGCUGACUGUCCGGGCGUCUGUGCCCAUCAUCAUGGGUGUCAACGUAGGCACAUCCAUCACCAGCACCCUGGUCUCAAUGGCGCAGUCAGGGGACCGGGAUGAAUUUCAGAGGGCUUUCAGCGGCUCGGCGGUGCACGGGAUCUUCAACUGGCUCACGGUGCUGGUCCUGCUGCCACUGGAGAGUGCCACGGCCCUGCUGGAGAGGCUGAGCGAGCUGGCCCUGGGUGCCGCCAGCCUGACGCCCGGGGCGCAGGCGCCCGACAUCCUCAAGGUGCUGACGAAGCCGCUCACACACCUCAUCGUGCAGUUGGACUCCGACAUGAUCAUGAGCAGUGCCACAGGCAACGCCACUAACAGCAGUCUCAUUAAGCACUGGUGCGGCACCACAGGGCAGCCGACCCAGGAGAACAGCAGCGACUGUGGUGCCUUCGGCCCGUGCACAGAGAAGAACAGCACAGCCCCGGCGGACAGGCUGCCCUGCCGCCACCUGUUUGUGGGCACGGAGCUCACGGACCUGGCCGUGGGCUGCAUCCUGCUGGCCGGCUCCCUGCUGGUGCUCUGCGGCUGCCUGGUCCUCAUAGUCAAGCUGCUCAACUCUGUGCUGCGCGGCCGCGUGGCCCAGGUCGUGAGGACGGUCAUCAAUGCAGACUUCCCCUUCCCGCUGGGCUGGCUCGGCGGCUACCUGGCCGUCCUCGCGGGCGCCGGCCUGACCUUCGCACUGCAGAGCAGCAGCGUCUUCACGGCGGCCGUCGUGCCCCUCAUGGGGGUCGGGGUGAUCAGUCUGGACCGGGCGUACCCCCUCUUACUGGGCUCCAACAUCGGCACCACUACCACAGCCCUGCUGGCUGCCCUGGCCAGCCCCGCAGACAGGAUGCUCAGCGCCCUGCAGACCCUCCCAGUGCAGGGUCCUGCUCCACCCCCUGCAGGAAGCCCUCCAGACUGCACCUGUGUGUGGACUCCUCCAAGUCCGGCAGCCCCUGGAGGGGCCCGUGUGUUCUCCCCUCCUGUGGCCCUGUGCCUCCUCCCCGCAGGGCCUGGACUGCGCAGGCUCAGCACACUGGGGACUGAGGAGACGGGGUCUCUUGGCAGGAGGCACAGGCAGAGCCAGGUCGCCCUCAUCCACUUCUUCUUCAACCUGGCCGGCAUCCUGCUGUGGUACCUGGUGCCUGCACUGCGGCUGCCCAUCCCGCUGGCCAGGCACUUCGGGGUGGUGACCGCCCGUUACCGCUGGGUGGCUGGGGUCUACCUGCUGCUCGGAUUCCUGCUGCUGCCCCUGGCGGCCUUCGGGCUCUCCCUGGCAGGGGGCAUGGUGCUGGCCGCUGUCGGGGGUCCCUUGGUGGGGCUGGUCCUCCUCGUCAUCCUGGUUACUGUCCUGCAGCGGCGCCGGCCGGCCUGGCUGCCUGUCCGCCUGCGCUCCUGGGCCUGGCUCCCCGUCUGGCUCCAUUCUCUGGAGCCCUGGGACCGCCUGGUGACCCGCUGCUGCCCCUGCAACAUCUGCAGCCCCCCGAAGGCCACCACCAAAGAGGCCCACUGCUACGAGAACCCUGAGAUCUUGGCCUCCCAGCAGUUGUGACAGGCAGUUGCUGCGCAGACACCCACCCUCCCCGGCUGGGAGGGCUCUGGAGGGCCCUGGGGGGGGGGUCCCCGCGGCAGCUGACCUCCGGUCACCUGCUUCCCCUUCUGUGCAAAUAAACCAGGCUGUUAUCUGG